UCUUGUUUUAAAUAAUUUCCUUUUUGCUUUAUUCGUAUUAAUCCAACAAAGUUAUUAAGAUUUAUUCAUAGAAAAAAUUGUUCACCAUUUAUUUACACAAAAAGAAAGAAAUGUUGAGCAAAGAAACACAGCCUUUGUCAUUCUUUGACUUUCUGAAUCUUUCUGAAUCUGUCAAAAGUGGUCGUAGUAUUUGAACAACAAAUAAUUUUAUUUAAAUUCAAUUUGAUAGAGUUUAAAUGUUAAAAUGUCUAUUUAUUGGUGAAUAACAAAGUGUUAGUCAUUAAUAAUCAAGAUGUGGGUGAAGCCUCAAGAAGUUUUCAUAAAAACUGCUUUGUGGGAUUGUGAUGACACCAGCUUGUAUUUCGUGUUGCAACGGCGAAAAGGCCAUGGCAAGUCGAGAGGUUUAUCUUCUUUACUUGUGGGUACUUUGGAUAGUGUGAUGGACACAAAACCGGCUCCGUACAGAAUACUGCAUCAGACUCCUAACUCUGAAGUGUACUAUGUAAUAGCCACGGCUCUGACAGAGGCAGAGAUACGUCAGGACUGGCAGUGGUUGUUUGAAAAUGUCUGCCCAACUUUGCAUUCAUUUGAUACCGAGGAUGAGGUUACAGAAUUUGUGUGCUGCAAGAUAAAUUCUGUCAUUGCCACUGAGCAGGACAACUUUACUGAAGAUGAAGAUACACUCAACUACAAAAAUGUUGAUUAUGAGUUUCAUCAGAGAUUUGGCAUGCCCAGAGAUGAAAAGCUUGUUUGUUACUAUUCAUGCAGUUACUGGAAGGGAAAAAUACCUCGGCAAGGCUGGAUGUACCUGUCAGUCCACUACAUGUGUUUCUACUCGUACAUAUUUGGCCGUAAAACCACUGUCAAGAUCCGCUGGGCUGACGUUACGGAGUUGGCCAAAACUAACAGCAUUCUCUUCCCCGACUCAAUUAAAAUUGUGACUAGGGAUGGAGAGCAUUACUUCACACUCUUCUUGAAGAAGAACGAGACUUUUGCGUUGAUGCAACAGCUAGCCAAUAUUGCCAUGAAACAGUUAAUAGAUGACAAAUCUGGCAGUUUCAAUAUCGAUAAAGAGCUAUUGACCAAACUGAGCAAAAAUGUACCAAAGAAACCGUCAUUCCUGAAACGUGACUUGGACGCGAAAAAGCAGUCUAAUCUCUACACGUUAAGGUUCCGUUUGCCCCACACUGAGAAGUUGGAUGGCACUGAGGAGUGCACUUUAUGGACGCCAUAUAACAAGAAACAAAAUUGGGGCAGAUUGUAUUUGUCGCAGAACUUCAUUUGUUUCGAUAGUCGGGUAAAGAACCUGGUCCGUCUCACCAUACCCCUCCGUAACGUGCAUCAAGUGGAGCGAGCGGAUUCAGGUGGCACCGGCAGUUCUGGCGACUCUGGCAGUAUCCUCAUAACGACCUCUCAUCACACCAGUUUCUUCUUCGGCAACAUAUCCGACAGGGAGUUCUUGGUGCACAAGAUAUCGGAACUGCUCGCCAAGUUGCCUAAUGAUGUGUACAGGGAAAAGGCAACGCAUGCUGUCGCGAGGAACACGGAGGACCAGGAAUGGACGCCGCAGCCUCCUCUGAUGUCUCUGUUCAAGACCAACCAGACUUCACCCAUAAAACAAAUACAGGAGAAGAAGGUAAAACAAUGGGAAGACCACAUGUCCGAGGUAGGCCGCGGUGUCAGCAUGUACCAAACAACAGCCGGCAGCGAACUAGUCGUAAACGGUAUACCAGAAUCCCUUCGCGGCGAAUUGUGGAGCGUCUUCUCAGGGUCCAUACUGCAGAAGGUGCAGAACAAAGGGCUAUACCAGAAGCUGGUGAAGGAAGCCCUGUCGUCUAAGAACGCGGUGAACGAUGAGAUUGAAAGGGACCUGCAUAGGUCACUGCCGGAACACCCGGCGUUCCAGAAUGAUGUUGGUAUAUCCGCUCUGCGCCGCGUGCUAUGCGCGUACGCACUCAAGAACCCCACCAUCGGCUACUGCCAAGCGAUGAACAUAGUGGCUUCGGUGCUGCUCAUAUACUGCCCGGAGGAGCAGGCCUUCUGGCUGCUGGCUACGAUAUGCGAGACGCUGCUGCCCGAUUAUUAUAAUACGAGGGUUGUGGGCGCUUUGGUAGACCAAGGGGUCCUCAAAGAGUUGACUGCAGCGCACCUGCCAGAAUUACACGCGAAGCUUGAAGAACUAGGCGUGAUGAAGAUGAUAUCCCUGGCGUGGUUCCUGACGCUAUUCAUCAGCGUCAUGCCGUACGAGUGCGCCGUCAACGUCAUGGACUGCUUCUUCUAUGACGGUGCUAAAGUCAUAUUCCAGGUGACCCUCAAGAUCCUGGAUAUAAACCGGGACAAACUGCUAACGUGUACGGAAGACGGGCAAGCCAUGCAGAUCCUUGGUGAUUACCUGGCCGGCAUAUACAACGAUGAAGCUGUCGCUUUAUCUACUGAGCCACGCACUGCGCAGAAGACGAUAAGAAUCCAAGACCUAGUGUACCAAGCCUACCGAACAUACGGCGCGAGCGUGACUAGCGAGUGUAUAGAGCAUUUGGGCCUCAAACACAGGCUGAGGGUAGUCCGUCACUUGGAGGACAGUCUGGAGAGAAACACUCUGAGGGCCUUGCAGCAGGACAAGCUUCUUGAACCUAACGAGCUGCAGGAAUUACUAAGCGCAAUCCGCGAAGAGCUACUGUGGGCGAAGCGUGUGCCCUGUGAACGCUUGGAGGCGCCCUACGAGGCGUAUCGGCUUGACUACACGCAGUUCAAGACGCUGUUCACUGCGUUGUCGCCCUGGGCUAAAGGCGAUAGGGCCGAGGCGAUCACUGCUAGGAUGUUCAAGUUAAUGGACAACGAUGACGACGGUUUCGUCAGCGCCCGAGGUCUCAGCCUGGCCCUAGGGCUCAGCGUCAGGGCAGACGCCCAAAGGCGUUUGCGGGCGCUAUACUGCGCGCACGCUCCGCCAUUACUGUCCCACUUGGAACUCAGGCCUACUCACUUCACCGAUACUGGCGAGGAGUUGGCUGCGGACGCUAUAUCCUUCUUUGAUAGCAUGGAGAACCCACCGAGCCCUGAACCUUCGACCGCGUCGGUCAUGCACCGAUCCAUAAGCGAGGUCUGCGGCGCCGGGAGCCAGAUGGACAAGUCCAGUGAUAGCGUUUUGAGCCACUCUGCCGGCAGCAGCGGCGACUCACACACGGCGGAAUCAGUCCGCGCGUGCGCUUUAUCCGGACUACCAUCUUCACUACCGUCCACGCCCGGCUCCCCGCAACCCGCGCCCGCCGCGCCGCCCCUCCCGCGGGCCCACUUCCUACAGCUACUAGCAGCCUUGCACGACCUCACGCAGCAAGACCCGCCGCUGUACGAAGCUGUAGUGCUGGCUGGUACCCUGCUUUUGCAACUCGGAGAGUUGAACCAGCGCCCGCAACUCGACAGGGAGAUCUCGCAAGACAGCCUGUACUUGGCAGCGGCCGCCAAACAACCUGCGUUGCCCGAGAUGGAUCCCAACGGCAACCCAACCGAGGUGGAAGACAAACCGCAGCCAUCGCCGUCAAAGGAAACCGAACCUUCCGCCGAGAGCGUAUGGUCGAUAACCCUGGAGCAGUUCCUGGCCACCAUGCUGUCACAGGAGCCGGUGGAGGCCUAUUUCAACCGGACGGUGUCUCUGAUGCCUCAGCUGGAGGCCUUGAGGCACCGCGAUAGACUCCAGUCUAUAUCAUAGCUGAUAGAGGUCGCUGGAGUCGAGUGAUCCGGGAUAUCCAGGAAGAAAAAACUGGGAUCCCAUGGACCAUGAGCAACGUUUUGCGAUCUGAAAUAAGUUACCGAAAAAUUGUAAUAAGUAUAUUGUAUUAGGAUUACAAUGUAUCGAAGUAUAGAUAAGUUAUGGGUCAUUGUGUCAACAUAGUCCACUUCUAAAUCAAUAUUAUGUUGAUGAUUAAACGUUAUAACUGUUAAAAUGCAUUAUCUAUAUUUAAAAUAUCUGUAAUAGUUAUUCAUGUACCAAAUAAUUACGAUUAAAAUAAUACCUUUUAUAAGUUUCCUACCCACUAAUAACAGCUUAAAUAUGUUGACUCAAUGUAAUCUAAACAACAUAAUAUGUAGAAUGAAAAUCUUUUAUGUAUCGCAUAAAAAUAUAUUCAAAUAGAAACGAAAAUUGAAUCUAUUUUGCAUGAAGUCCGAUCCUACACCUGAAUAAAUGGUGUACAUAAGUCUAAAGUAUUUAGACAAAUAUGUAUAUAAAGGUAAAAAGUAUAUGCAUUUAUUAUAUUAUGGCUUUCGUUACCUUGAGUUUACACGGUAUGCCAUAGUUUACAUUCCAAUGAUGUAAAAUAUUUGUAAUUUGUAAGUCUAUAAACUUUCAUAGCCAUAUUAGUUUUAUAAGUAGCAUAAUACAAAUAAACGUGUGUAUCUAUGAGUAGAGGUGAACUAAAUAUAAUAUUUUGUCCGCUAGGCAAGUAAACGUUCGCUGUUCGAAUCGCUGUCGUUAAUUUCACAAACAUUAUGGCUGAAAAACCAUAAGUUAAUUAAAGCCUUUAUAAAUACUGAUGGCGUGGUCUUACAUCCCUUCAAUACAAAAAUAUCACUACAAUUAUGUUGAACUCUUGCCUGUCAUAGAAUCUAAUGUAGAUUCUCAAAUGAAGUCUUACUAUUAGGACUGAACUAUGGUUAAGCACCAUAAAAAGGCUACCUAUUGACCGGUUACCGUUUGCGAUAUCUUUAAUGGUAUAGCUUGGAAUAUUAUCUUCUUCCUCACCUUGUGUGAUAUUUACUUAUUAAUGCAAAAUUAAUUGAAGACCACCAUAAAUUUAAAUGUACCUUAGUAGUGAUAAAUUAGAAGAAAAGUAAUAUAUUUGUACUUAGUAUGAAAUUGGAUAAUAAUGUUUUAUUGGUGCAUAGAUCUUUCUUCGUUUUGUAUGUAAAUAAUAUGUACUAUUAAUGCUUACAUUAUCAAUGGUGCUUCGCAAUAAUUCGCAAUAAAUUGUAUGUAAAGCAAUAUUAAAAAUAAAAUUAAUACCCGGCCCUAACUUAAAUCUGCAGCUUAAGUGUGAAAGAGACGGCAUUCUAAGGCUCAUAGAGCAUUGUCUUUUUCAUCUGCCAAUAAAGCUGUCGGGCAUAUUAAUUAAUUGGACACAGGAAGUCAUCAAACGUUGAGUUUGAAUCCUAAAUUCAAAGUAACCUUUUUAAAUAUUAUAGGCACCUCACUCUUUUUUGACAAUAUCCAGGUUUUUUAAAACUUAGUCCGAUUUUAUAUUAUUAAAACCACAAACUUAGUAGUUUAUAAUCCAAAAUAGCUCACUUUAAUCUCUUCUCAUAUUUUUUCUGAAUGUGAAUAUGUAUGAGUAACGCAGUUUCCAUUUUCAUCCUUAAAAUAAUAAAACGGUGCCUUCCUGUGCUCUUAUAGUAAUUUGUAUAAUAAACAUUAAUUUAACUCUUACCAGCUUAGCAUUGUGUACAUUAGUCUAAGAUAUAAGCAAUGAAUUAUUUUUAUAUGCUUCCAUUAUUCUGUAAAAUGUACUGGUAAAGCUGUAUUGAAAUAAUCUUACAAGCAAUAUGAUGUUUAAAUGUAUAAUAAUCUUGCUUGUAUGUUGUAAACAACGCAAAUAUUAUGACCAAAUAAGUAAAUAUUUUCUCAAGUACCUACCACUUGUAACCAUGAGGCCCGUAUUACAAAACAAUACUCAAAACUAGACUCAUUUUCAGGUACAAAUUCAAGCCUUUGAUUGGUCGAAUUUAGCCCAAUUAUAUGGAUUUUUGAGUUUGAAUCUAGUUUUGGGCAUUGUUUAGUGAUACGAAUAUUGAAUAGUGUGUAACAUUCCGCUAAUCCUUUGUCUUUGAUUUUUGGGAACUAAAUUAUAGAUAGCAUGAGGCACAUUUGUCUAACUAAAUGUCAUCUAUAUAAAAUCAUUAAAACAAUCAAUAAAUAAGUCUGGCGUCCAAUAGGGCGACAAAUCGAACGUCAUUGAUUCAAAAUUAAAGCUACUUAUACGUAGGCACUAACUCUGAACAAGAGCGCGCAGUAUCGAUAAAUAUUAAUUGAUCUCGAUUGAGAAGUCGAUUCGGCGUUAUCAUUGGACGUUAGACUAUAUACAUACCUUUUAUGAGUAGUUCCCUAUUGUUAAGUCAGAAUGACGAAAUUGAUGCGGAAUGUUUUUCCUCGAUUAUGUGUGUUGACGAUUCAUGAAGUCAUCAUAAUCAUUGUAUAUUUGUGCCAUAACAAUACGAUUCUGCACAUCAUUCAACCAUUUUGUUUAUAAAUACUUAUAAUUUUCUAUUUUAUGCACAACAUGGGCUUUGUUUAUAACAAUUCUAACUGUAUAGUGGAACUUCUAUUGUUACUUUUAUAUUUAGCUUCACGUGGUUUCAUUAAAUCGUACACCAUUUAUGUAAUCUAGUUAUACAAUCUCGAUUAAAUACACUUGUUUGACGUUAAA